UAUGGAAUCCCAUUUUACCUACAGUACCUGGCCCACUGGCCAGAGUACUUCAUUGUUGCAGAGGCCCCUGGUGGUGAAUUGAUGGGUUACAGUAAGUAGGCCUGCAUGUCAUACACACCUAGCAAUAUGAUGAUUGCUUUAGAGAAAAUGCAAUAACAAAGGCAUACAUUCUGUAUAGCCUCCAUCAAAAUGACACUUCUGACUAUCCUCAGUCAUGGGAAAGGCAGAGGGAUCAGUGGCGCGAGAAGAGUGGCAUGGCCACGUCACAGCUCUCUCUGUGGCCCCAGAGUUCAGACGACUGGGACUGGCAGCCAAGCUUAUGGAGAUGCUGGAGGAGAUCUCAGAAAGGUGGGGCUGACUUCUAAUGCUUCAGGUUACUAAGAUCAGGGUGGUGUUAAUUUGGCAUCACAUUUUGUAUUUUUUUUUUUACUGAAACAGGGAGUGACUACCUCAGCUUUUCCCAAACUCGGUCUUGGGGCCCCCCCUGGGUGCACGUUUUGGUUUUUGCCCUAGCACUACACAGCUGAUUCCACAAAUCAAAGCUUGAUGAUCAGUUGGUUAUUUGAAUCAGCUGUGUAGUGCUAGGGCAAAAACCAAAACGUGCACCCCUUGGGGUCCCCAGGACAGAGUUGGAAAACGCUGGACUACCUGGUCCAAUAAGAAACUCGGGAGUUUUCAGUUUUUUUUUACCCUACUGAACAAUAACCACAUUAGAGUAGAGCUGAGAUGCCUUGGUGAUAAAUAUAAGGAUAUGUUUAUAACACUAAUGUGCACCGCUUUUUAAAAAUGAUCCUUUAAACUACUACUAGUUUGAUGGUUGUAGCCAUCAAUUGUCCCAUUAACAAUCACCCAUAUUUCAAACGUCACAUUUCUCUAGUAUAGACUACUUAUCGUAAUGAACGAUAUCAACAAAAUGCUUGUGAUAAGGGAUCGGUGUCGAUAAUUUUCUGUUUGUCAUCCCAGCUCUGCUAGAUCUACUUCUUUGCCUCACUAUUGUCGGUUUCACUGUUGUUUAGGAAGGGCGGGUUCUUUGUUGAUCUGUUUGUGCGAGUCUCCAAUCAAGUGGCGGUGAACAUGUACAAACAGCUAGGCUACAGCGUUUACAGGACCGUGAUAGAGUACUAUUCUGCUAGCAAUGGAGAACCGGAUGAAGACGCCUAUGGUAAUAUGAACCCCUUCAAAUCAAUGUAAACAUUACUGUAACUCAGACAAUCAUUAUGUGGAUAUGUACUCACUCUUUGUCCUUCUCUGCAGAUAUGAGGAAAGCCUUGUCGAGAGACGCAGAGAGGAAGUCCAUCAUUCCUAUACCACAUCCUGUCAGACCAGAAGAUAUAGAAUAA